CUGACGGAACCUGUGGCUGUCAGUGCGGGUCCGCCUCGGUGCUCAGAACCCCGGUGCCGUUCGCGCCAUGUCAGCCCCACCGCAGCUUCGAGUUGUCCUCCAGAUGGUCAACACGCUGCUGCGUAAUCGUCGCUACCAUGCUGCGCUGGCUGUGCUUAAGGGCUUCCGGAACGGGGCAGUCUACGGAGCUAAGAUCCGGGCCCCUCACGCGCUGGUCAUGACCUUUCUCUUCCGGAGUGGCAGCCUGCGGGAGAAGUUGCGAGCCAUCCUCCAGGCCACGUACAUCCACUCCCGGAACCUGGCCUGCUUUGUGUUCAUCUACAAGAGCCUCUGUGCCCUGCAGUUGAAAGCUCAGGGCCAGACCUACCAGGCGCACUCGUUCCUGGCCGCCAUCAUAGGGGGCAUCCUCGUGUUUGGCGAGAACAACAACAUUAACAGCCAGAUCAGCAUGUACCUGACCUCCCGGGUCCUGUUUGCCCUGUGCCGCCUGGGUGUGGAGAAGGGCUACAUCCCCGAGCCGGCCUGGAACCCGUUCCCCCUCUUCACCGGGCUGGUGUGGGGGCUGGUGAUGUGGCUCUUCGAGUACCACCAGAGCACGCUGCAGCCCUCGCUGCAGUCCUCCAUGACCUACCUGUACAAGGACAGCAAUGAGUGGCACGACAUCUCGGACUUCCUCAUCUACAACAAGAGCCCCCCGGCGAAUUAACGAGGUGGCAGCCAUCGACGCUGAGCCAGCCAGGCGGCCACCAGCCUGACUCCAGGCGGGCUGGGGCUCUGGGCCGUGCUGGAGGACUGACGGCGCCUUCUCACCCUCCGCAGUCUCAGGCUCCAGCUCUGAUUGUUCCAGGACUUACUUGCCCACGGGAAAGCACCAAUUUUUGGAUCCUAUUAGGUACUCGGGUCAAGUGGAACAGGACUGGGGAGCCUGGGUUCUGGGUUCUGGUCCAGCUCUGCUGCUGCUUUCUCUGGGACCAGGGAGAGCCGGGCCUGUCUCCUCUCAUUGGUCCCGUGGAAUAGGGACAUGAGCUACAAAUAUGUUGUUGGUUUUUUUUUUUUCCAAGUAUUCAAUUCCUCGUCUCAGGUAUUGUUUGGGAGGAACUCUGUGGUCCCACUGUUCCCUAGAAAUACCACAGGAGCCAUGGUUGUCAUUGAAAGGUUCUAGUAGCCACUUCUGUUGUUUUUCAGCCAUACCUGGCAGUGCCCUGGGGCUCUGCCUGACUCUGCGCUCAGGGGUCACUCCUGGCUCUGCUUCAGGGGACCCGAUGUGGUGCUGGUGAUCAUGAACUUGGAUCUGCCACCUGCAGGACGCACUUGAACCCCAGUACUAACUUUCUGGCUCUUAGACACACUUUUUUUUUUCUGGUUUGUUUUGUCUUGUGCCCACAUCUGGCAGUGCUCAGGGCUUAUUCCUGCCUCUGUGCUCACGGAUCAUUCCUGGCAGGCUCCGGGGACCAUAUGAGGUGCCAGGGAUUGAACCUAGGUCAGCUGUAUACAAGGCAAGUGCUGUUGCUUUGUAUUUUUUACAGAGUAGAAAGGAACAGGGGACAUUAGGCUUAAUAACAUCUUUUGACAUGCAACUAACAUAAAAACAGGGGCCAGAGCAAUAGUACAGCUGGUUAGGCAGUUGCCUCCCAUGCAGCCAACCUGGGUUUGAUCCCCAGCACCACAGAUGGUUCCCUGAGCACUGCCGGGGUGAUUCCUGAGCAAAGGGCCAGGAGUAAGUCCUGGGAAUAGUUGGGUGUGGCCCAAAAAUUAAAAAAAAAAAAAAGUGUCAGGAAAGUGGCUAUAGCCCUGGGAUCCUUUCCUGCCACCAACAACAACAAAAAAUUUUUUGAUUGUCAGGUAGGAUAAUCCUUACCUGUUCCUCUCAUCAGAGGGCAAAUAGAACAUGAUGAUUGGAGUUCGCAUGAUACGUGCUGAACAUUUCUGUGUGAUUAGGACUCACAACACCCUAAUCACUCCUAUCUGAUUAUAAAAAAAAUACAUUUUUUUAAAAAUGUAAAAAUAAAUUUAAAUGAGAUACCUUA